GAAGAUGUGAUAUGCAAAGGUUAUCAGAUGGCAAACAAAGCUGUGAUUUGCAGAGAGGUGAGUUUUCUACAUGUGCAGUUGCAAUACUGAAUUUACUGUUCGUUUCACAAGCUGAAAAUAGGGACUUUUUUUUUUUUACAAAAAAAGUCUGCUCUUUGUGAAUAUUUACAUCUCAUUUCUGGAAUAUUUAAUGCAUGAUUGUGCACAGACUGAUAGCAACCAGCUCUCUGAUGUGUUUAGGAGCAGGAUACUGGCUUUCGACUUUUGUUGGAUAGACUCUGGAUUUGUUUGUUGCUUCACAGAUGCCUUCCACCCCUCAGUCUGUUCUCAGUGUAAAAGGAGAUGGCAUGCUGACUCUGAAUAGUGUAGCAUGGACUUCCUGUUGCUCUGGAUUCAAGCGUAUGUUUGACUUGGCAAAAGCUCCUCCUUUACAGAUCUAGGAGUAGUUAUGCUUGUUUUUCUCUGAUGAUAAAAUGCAAAACAAAAACAAAAACCAACCAAAACAGCCCUUGGGAUUUGGUCCCAGGUCUGAGGAACCUGACUCUGAAAGGGAACAGGUGCAGAUUAUAUGAGAGAAGGAUGCUAGUCAGUCAACCCCAACUCCCUGCCUGGAGGCUGUUAUCAUAACAUUUUGAGAACUGUCUUCGUGAGCAUUCCAGUCAGGGAAGCGUUUAUUACUAGCCCUGUUUGGUGGGAUGCACGAGGGGAAAGAGCACAACUGACUAUGUUCAACCCUCCCCAGGAAAGAAAUAUGGGCUUGGUGGAAACGGCCUAUGUUCAUUAUGGGAAAAUCUAAUAGGCAUGGAGGUGAGAAAUGGAAGAUGGAAUCCCACAUCAUGCUUGAGAAGCAGGAGGUAGGGCUGCAUUGUUGAACCAGUUAAUAAGUUAGAUUCAGCAUAAGCAGAACUAACCUUUAAAAAUCUGUUCCUUGGUGCUAUGAUUUACUUUACUGUUUUCAUAGACUCAUUUUGUUCCCACAGCCUGUCUGCAAAGUAAUUGUGUUCUUUUAUAUGUGCACCUAUUUUCCUUUCUCAGGAAUUUUUGCAUCUCUGCAUUGCAAAAAACAAAACAACAACCCCAAACCAACUCUUUAUUUUUUUAAAAAUAAUAUUUAUUAAGAGUUUAAAAGUUACAAAAAAGAGAAAAAAAGUUAAACAAAGCAAAGAAGCAAAAAGAAACAACAAACAAAAAACAACACAAUACAAUGCAAGACAAAUAAAACAAAACAAAGACCAUUUUAAACAAUUUCAAUGUCAUAUCUUUCAUUCGCUUAUUUCCAUGACUUCCUCACACCUCCCUUUUUUGUAUUCCACAUCAAUUAAUUAUUUCAGCAAUUCCUUUCCAUCUUCCUCUGUUUUCUAUCCUAUAAUUAUCUUAACACAUUCUAACCUUAUUUUAUUCCCUUUAAUGCUCAAUUAAUCUAUUUAUACUUAAUUCCUUAUAACAUUUCUGCUAAAGCCAUAUAACUUCAUUCCCACUUUGUUCUAACAUUCAUUAAUUUUGCAAUAUUUCUAUAAAUAGUCUUUAAACUUCCAGUCUUCUUCCACCAGCUCUUCUCCCUGGUCUCGGAUUCUGCCGAUUCUCUCAGCCAGCAAAAAGCAGAUGAUCCACAACCAAAUUUAGAGGUCUGGCAGGGCAAGUCCACCUCCUUCUUUAGCAUCCGUUAAUAUCUUAAAUUUUACUCGAGGCUUCCUGCCCUGCCAUACAGAUCUAAAGACAUCCCUCUGCCACCUCCUGAAACAAUCCCUCCCAUCCAAAACUUGCAAUGUUUGAAACAAAAGCAACAUCCCCGACCUCACCGCAACCCUCGUCCCCACCACAGCAACUCGGCCCAACAAUAGCAACUUCCAAUUUAGCCCUAUUUCCAAAUCCCCCUUGUCUUCAAGCCAACGUCCUUCACAGUUGCCCUUGAAUAAAUUCACAUUUCUGGCGGUCAUACUAACCCCCCAAUACCUCUCUUUCUCAACCAAUGUUAGUCCUAUCUCCUCCUGAAACUCUAUCAAGGUUUCCUUUUCCUCGGGUAGGGCUCUGAUCCUCAAUUUCAUCUGUUUCUCUUUAAGUUCAGUCAUAUCAGGUGUCAGCUCGUAUUCAUCAAAUCAUCCUUGUAUGGAUGGGACUCUCUCUCUCUCCAGUUGAAUUACUUUAACUUCAGCAGCGAGGGUUUUCUCCUUAACUUCAUCCGCAGUUUGCCGUAUCAGGAUAGAUUCCUGUAUCAAUUUCAGGGUGGUUUCUGUAUUGAUAUUCACAUUUUGUCCCAGGUUAUUUAAACUUUCUUCCAUUAAAUCAUUUUUAAUAUUUGCAGCAUCCACUUUCAUAUUUAUCACAUCCAUUUUCUUGUGAAGCUGUUCCAGCGAAUCAUUUAUUUUCACUAGUACAAUCACUAAGGCCUCUUCUGGCGACAUUCCGUCUUUCGCAUCUGCCAUAACACUCAAUAGAUUCAAGGUCAACUCACAGUCUCACGGUUUUUAUCUUACAACUGGAAAUUUCCCAGCCCAGAUCUUAUGUAGCCGCCAGUUUCAAGAACUUCCACUAGAGGGAAACAGUUUCUAUUUGUAUUGAUAAGUAAUAUCCUCUUAAAGCGCAGUUCAAACGACCCCAAACUAAUUUCAAAUUUCAGUUACUUUCACUGCUGGAAACAGUAAAAACAAUGUAUCUUCUCUUAUGCUAGCUGUCAACACGAUCCAAGCACUGUCAAUAAACGUCUCACCAAAACGUCGGACCUUCUGGCAGCCCGUUCCCAGGGUCCGAGCGGCGGUGUUUUACCUCUCUUGGUCUCUUCCGCAGGCAAACUCAGUUGACAACUUCCCUCCCCCCUCUUCUCCUGCCUCCAAGGGGGGGGUUCUAUUCUUUACUUAUGGAAAUUUAGUCUUUUACAAAAGGCUUUCCAAGACUUCAGCUUGCAGCCUCCAUUGCUUCAGUCUAUUUACAAAAGGGGAAGGCGGACUUCCUGUAUUGAAACUUCCCCGUUUCGAUGCCAAAUUAGACUUUUUUUAAAAAAAAUCCAAUUUUCCCAAUUAAGCUCUACUCACGGGUAGUUACUUUAGAGUCAAAUUGUCCACAGGAAAAAGUCAGCACUCUCCGACAACAGCUAUGCAGCUUCGCUCCGUGGAAGAAGCAGAUGAUUCGAAGCACCGCACCGCUCACCCCACGUCGCUCCGGAUCCCCGAAACCGGGUUUCCCCGCGAGUGGGGGAGGCGCAAAGGGUGCCCGCCGAAUCCCACGCUCACAGGCUUCUCCCGCCUGUGAUUUUUAACGGGUCUCCGUCUUCGCCUUGGCGGCCAGACCCAGAUUUCCAUGGAGCUGAUUCCUCCCGAUCAGAGGAAUCCAGCCAUCGCCGGAGGCGUCUCCCCGGAAGUCCCCCCAAACAAACUCUUUAUAUAACUUGCAAUAUCAAGUGUACCUGAACUGGAAAGCAGAGCUGUGGGAAGGGGAAUGUAAAGGUGAUUCCUGAGUGGUGGGGCGCAACAGGUGGUUAGGAAAGUACCAAGGAGGGAGUGGGAAUCCAGAAGGGCCAUUGCUGCAGUGUGCUUUAUUAAUUAAUUCCUUACUGAAAGUAUUUUAAAGCCACCUUUUAUGGCCAAGCCCUGAACUUAGCUAAACAUAGCAUGUAAAAUCACAAUCGUAAAUUUCCAACAUGUAACAAAAUAGUAAUAAAAUAACACUAAAUACCAUCCCACCCAGGUUAAUAUGAUCAAUCAAUCAUUUUAUUUGUAUGUCACCUUUCCAGAGUUAACACCAUGUUCUAGGUGGCUUACAACAUAAAAAAACAAACCAUAAUUAUAAACAUAGCAAAAGUAGUCAAACAAAUAAAACAUUAACAAGUACACAACCAAAUUGAAAAUUUCCCACAUAAAUCAUAAGAAGAUACAAAAACUUAAUAUGAAUAACAUCGACACCUGCACCCUUUAAACAACAGACCCGUCUAAACAAAGUCCCAUCACAAGAGUCUGUUCAGCAGCCUCAGCUUUUGUAGCUGGAGUCAGUCAGGGCUCUGCCCUCCCAGGCCAGGUGGGAAAAGGCCUGCAAGGCAGGCAGCAGGUGUUCACAACCAAUAUUGUUUUUAACACUUGAUUGAGAGCCACCCAGAGUGGCUGGGGAAACUCAGCCAGAUGGGCGGGGUAUAAAUAAUAAAUUAUUAUAUUAUGAAUUAUUAUUAUUAUAUAUGACCAAAACAAAUAAAGCAGCUUAGCACCACAUCAUACAACAGCAGUUUAACAAACUUUCAAGAAAAGUGACUUGAAGCAAAUUGAACACUUAUCUAAAGGCUUGUGAUGAUGGGGCCAUCCAACCUUCAACUAGAAUAGAGUUCCACAAGCAUAGGGGCUACUGCUGAGAAGUCAUCUCCAGUGUGCCUGCCAGUCUAAUUGAUUCCACUGGUAGGUAUAGGGCAAAUUGUCCCUGCUAGGGUUGUCCUAUUUUGAAGAGCAAAAAAGAGGAAGCUAUGGCAACUCUCAUUUUAAAUACCCCCUACUAUGUGUAGACUAUAAAAGCCAUGAUAUGUUGCUGAGGAGGGCAGGAGAAGAGAAAAGGAAAGCAAAUCUUCAACCACCAGUUAUGUCUAUGUGUCACCCAGAAAGUAUAGCCAGAGACAUUUUGGCAAAUUUAAAAAAUCCAUGGAGAGAAUUUUUACCCCUGAAAAAGAGGUCAUGUCCUGGAAAAAGAGGACACAUGGCAACCCUGUUUUCUGACAUCUCUCGGAUAUGGUUUCUGAGCCAACAGUCCAAGUGGAAGCAAUAGUGCUUAGUAGUUACGUAUCUUUGCUGGAUGUGUGAGCAUCUUUCUCUCCCUCCCUCCUUAAGCACAUAGAGACUUGUUUGCAGACCCUGUGAGAGGCACAUGUCCAAGUCUGAGCUUUUGAAGUAAGCUAUAGCUUGCAGAAAAGAGAUGCCUCAGUGUCUGAGUUAAACCCCACCUAACUUCAACUACCUUUUCUUAAGAUAAAGACUUUAUCUCCCAUCCGACAUAACAAGGAAUAAAGUUUCAAUCAAAUGGGGAAAAAGAAGAAUGACUAAUAAUACAAAAAGCUAGUUUACACACACAUGUUUUGACCUUCUGAGUUAAGUUUCCCUUCCUCCCAAGGGCAGCCCCCUCUCUGUUUUGAAACCAAUUUAUGAGACAAAGUAAAAAAAAGGGAUUGGGGGCAGCUUUGCUUGAAGUUCAUGUUGAGAGAUUGGAUCAGAUAGUGAAUUGUUAAUGCUGUAGUUUAGCAUGAACUCAGGCAUGCUGCUUGCCAAAAAUGCUAAAGUGUACAUCUCAAAGACAGGAUGUUGCAUCUUGUCAGUAUAAACAGUCCCCUCCUUGAGAGUUCACAGUCAGGGGAAGUCAGCUGCACCUCCAAAGCUAGCUGGCUCCAUGUUAAACUUCUCCAUUUUCGAUUAAUUCCUCUUGCUAAACAGAAAAUAUGCACAACGAUGAUCCCCAGAGCACAUCAGGUCAUCAUCAGCUGAUUCACAUAGAUCAUUCUUUAUCCAGUUUAUCCUUACCUGGAAAAUUCCUAGUUCAUUUUAUCCACCCUGAAACAGGCUCUUGGAAUGAUGAGCACAAUCUUCUAUGACUGUCAAAGCCGUAUUUACAAUUAAAGCACACAGCACAAAAAACCACACACAGGAUGCUUAAGAUUCUCUCACCUUUCCCCCCUUUCAGACCCGAAGCUUUAAAGGCUAAUGAGUUAAGAAUUGCCCAGGGUGAUAAUGGGGCUGCUAAAUUUCUUUUAAUGAUUGCUACAGGCUCUAAAAGAGCUAGAAACAAAACCAGAGCAGGCUUCUUGGAAGAGGGUGUGUGUGUAUGUGUGUGUUCAGGCACAAAGCACUGGGAAAGAGGAGCCUGGGAGAAAGGGGCUGCAGUUUUCACACUGUUAGGUGUUUAGAGGAAGACAAGCCACAGACACAGAUGACUAAUUCUGGCUAAUUGCAACCUGCAUAGGUCAAGGCCUGAAGGCCUCAGUGCCGCUAGGUCAGGGCAACAUCCAUCACUAGCCUCUUCUGUGAAUAGUGGAUCAUCAGCAAGCCAGGACAAUGGGAGGCACAAUGGGAGCUUGAGAGGGCUUAACAAGGACAACAAAAUUUAAUCAUUGCAUCUCCUUCAUACUCACUUCUCUCUUUCUGAUUGGCAAAUGGCCUGGUGAGAAGUUACUCUGCAGAACACAACAAGGAGUGAGGCCUCACAGCCCUUUUCUCCUCCGUGGGCCAACCCCAGCCUUGUAGACUCUGCAUCUUUUCAGCACAUCAUAUGCCGAGUGCUUUUUCAUAUUUCCAGUCCUGACUUGUUGUGGGGUAAAAAGGUAAAGGGGCCCCUGACCAUUAGGUCCAGUCGUGACCGACUCUGGGGUUGCACGCUCAUCUCGCUCUAUAGGCCAAGGGAGCCGGCGUUUAUCCGCAGACAGCUUCCGGGUCAUGUGGCCAGCAUGAAUAAGCCACUUCUGGCGAACCAGAGCAGCGCCGGAAACGCCGUUUACCUUCCCGCAGGAGUGGUACCUAUUUAUCUACUUGCACUUUGACGUGCUUUCGAACUGCAAGGUUGGCAGGAGCAGGGACCGAGCAACGGGAGCUCACCCUGUCAUGGGGAUUUGAACCGCUGACCUUCUGAUCGGCAAGUCCUAGGCUCUGUGGUUUAACCCACAGCGUAGGGGGAAGGAAUCCCACUUGGUACCAGCGAAAUAACCUGAAAACAUUCUUCCACAUGUCAACUUCCAUACUCUCUGUUCAAUCACAGCAGUGCUGCUGCUAACCAAGGCAGGGGUGGAUAGGGGAAAGCGCUGGGUUUUUGGUGGUGGCACCUGCAUCUGCGCCCACUGCCAACCUCAUGCUCCUCUGCCCUCACUGCUACCCUCCUCCACUCCAGCAGCAGCAGCAGCAACACCACAAAGGACAGCUGGACAUAUAAAGGGCCCCAUUACCUUCAGUAGCUUAGGGCCUCAUCAAACCUAAAUCUGGCACAUCAGGGUUGAGAAGGCUGCUCUCACUCUGAAAGCAGUGGAUCUCCAGACAUGGGUCUUCCAUAUAUAACCUACUACAAGACCCUUUAAACUGGAGAUUCCAGGGACUGGACCUGAGACCUGCAAACCUGGGGCCUUGUCCUCUACAUGCCCUCUUCUGCUGAGCUAUAGUCCCUUCCAGAACAAUGUACUACGCUGAAGAAUCACUAUUAUACUUUUUCAAAGUUUCACUGCUAACUAUGGAACUUUCUUUAGUCAAAGGAGAGUACUCAGAUAAGCAACGAGCCAUUCUUUCCUGGCUCCAUCUCACCCAGCAGCUCUGUUGCUUUGAUGCUUUAUGAACAAUGCGCCUCGGUAAUGAGAGAUGCCUCAAACAGUAGAGUCUGUUUGUUCUCCAGUGCUUGGUUAUUAGGAAGUGCAGGUUGUUCUGCUGACACGCUGUUCACAGACAUGAUCAAAAUAGCUGCUGGAGUCCCAUGAAAACAGUUGCUAAGGUUGGCAGACUGAUACUUGGCAAAGGAAGAGGACACUUCUGGAUUAAAGUAUCUUUUCUGCACCUGAAAUUUAGUCUCCUUGUGUGUGUAGAGUUGUCAAUUUAUUUGUUUAUUUCUCACUUUACUUUAUCAAUAACCUAAGAAAAGCAAAUUCUAACAGAUUGCAUGAAAAUUUAUAUCCAAUUAUAUCUUUAAUAAUUACUAAGAUGAUUUGCCACAGUGUCUUUACCCCUGUACAACUCCACCAUAUGUGAAAAAGUUGACAUCUGCAGGCUGACAUCUCCAGCAAUCCCCACAGCAGUAAGCAUACAUUUUUUCUGAAGCUGGUGGGUGUAAAAAAAUAUUACAGAAAUCUUCUUUCAAUUGCAUAUUAUAGUUAGGAGCAAACUUGCAUAUAUAACUCUUAGCAUUCCUCUUGUUUGGAACAGUUCCAGAUCCCUUUCUCAUAAUUACUAAUAUUUUGCAGCACUUGCUUCUGUAGUCAUUAGAAUUGUGCACAUCUGAGGCAAAAAAGAGAGAACAAAAUAAAAAACCACUCUUUUCCAAGAUUUGGUACGCACUAAGUUUUCAAAAUUAGCUAACUCUCAAGUGACGUCAUUUAUUAGUUGAAAUAUACUCAGAGUUGAGAGUGGAUUUCAUGCUCUUUAUUCAGCUCAUAGUGGUGAGGAGGAAUGGAAGUUCCCUCACAAUAUCUGCUUAUAUACAUUAUUUACACAAUGGGCUGCACGUGAUUGGCUAAUUCCGGGAUUCUCCUGUAGGCCAAUCAGGUUGUGGAUUCACUUCCACCUGGAGCUGGAUUGGGUGGCUCCUGCCGACCAAUCAUACUGCUGCAUUGUUCUAGGACCAAUCAGACUGCUGCAUUCUGAAUCCUAUUGUUCUAGGACCAAUCAGACUGCUGCAUUUUGGAUCCUAUUCAACUCAGUACAUAACAUUAGUUAACCUAAGAGCCCUUGCUGGAUCAGAAGAAAGACCUCCAUCUAGUCCAGCAUUUUGUCCCAGACCAGAUGCCUAUGGGAAGACCACAAGCAAGACCUGAGCACAAGAGUCUUCUUCCAUGGUUUCUCCCCAGCAACUAGCAUUCAGAUGCAUACUGUUGAAUUAUAGCAGUAAACAAGGAAAUCCUCAGGAGUACAGAAGGAUCAUAUUUUUGUGUCUGCACAAAAAGAGAGAGAGGGCUACCUACCUUUUCAUGUAACUGGCUUUCUUCUCUUCCCCACGUUCUCCACAGGUGGAGAGAGUGCCAAGGCAAAGUGAAGAAAAGAAUGAUUGCCAUGAGUCUGGUAGACAUGUGAGCUGGCUAUUAGGCAUGCAAAUGGAAGAUGUUGGUUAAGAUUCCACAGGGAAUGCACACGCCUGCACAUUUUAUGCAUGGACUUCAUUUCCCCCAGAAGUUAUUUUUCAGAAGAUGGCUUCCAGAAGGCUCUCUUUUCUCUUGAAGAUCCUCCUAAGAGCUUUUCAAAGGAGAAACCAUGAAAAAAAAAUAUGCAUAUGUUACUGGCAGCAUUCUCCCUCUAAAAAACUGUUGCACCCAGUCUCCAAACUACUUUCUUCUUUUUUGAUUUGGGAGAUUUUAUAUAUAUAUAAAAUCUUUUUUUUUUUUUUUUAAAGAAUUUUGGAGGGAAGAAUAAACUUACAGGACAUGAACAUAAGCACAAAUUUUAGACCACAGUUGUGGCAUUUAAUUUUAUGAAAUGUGGAUGUGAUUGUUAGGACAAUUGUUGAUGCAAAUCAGGAAAGCAGAUAGCUGUGAAAAAUAUGAACACAAUUUGGAUUAUAGGGCUGAAAUAUUCAAACUGAUAUGAAAAAUAUAAAAAAGGAGGAGUUUUGCUAUGAGCUGCAUAUAAGUUAUAUGCUCUGCGCAAAACUGAUUUUUCCCAUUACUAAUUUCUUAACCUGUUCCUCACUAGUGUAGAUGGACUAAGGUUCAGAUUCUACAGAUGAACAUUUUGAGAUUUCUUGGCC